AUGGCAACAGUUCACGCUACAACAACUGAAACUUCGACUACUUCGACAUCCAAGUUGACUGCCCACACAAAUCCUCAGGGUGGAACGUCAACUCAGAUCGAGGGUAAGACUAACAGCGACGACGCCAAACCGUACGUCCGUCUUGCCGAGCCUGAGGACUUUGAUCAAGUCGUAGAGGUGGCGCAUAAUGCGUUCGUGCAUGACCCUAUGGAGCUGUAUGUGAGCGGUGUGAAAGAGAUCACCGAGGAUGGCCUCUUCGAAAAAGACAGCAACAACCUCCGUACAUGGCUUUCCUUCCUCCUGAAGAUGUGUGUAGCGGUUGGAGGGCGUGUGACCGUCGUCGUCGACGCUUCCUUACCGAAGAUUAAAGGGAGAGAGAGGGUCUGCGCUGCGGCGUACUGGUUGCCGCCUAACAAACGGCCUAGUGCACUGCAGAUAUCUAUUCUACUCAAGUCAGGGAUAUGGGAGGCGUAUAGGGGGUGGGGGGUGAAAGGAAUUUAUAGAGCGUGUAUUGAGUACCUGACUGUGUGCGAUAAGACGAUGAAGAAGGCGUAUAGGGCUCGAGGACUCCGAACGCCCGUUGCGGACUCGUGGUAUUUGUUGCACAUGAUGACGGAUCCCAAGUUCCAGGGUAGAGGUUAUAUGUCGAUGGUCAUCAGGGAAGCAUUCAGUCACGCACCGGAUGCGAUGUUCACCCUCGAAGCUUCAACUCCCAAGUCAAGAGAUCGAUACGCGCACCUUGGAUAUGAGAUCGCAGCACCGUUUGUCAUUGGAAGAGGGAAGGUCGGAGCGAACGGGUUACCUGCGAAAGGGAAGGAGGCGACCGGGGUCGAGGGGCACGCUAUGCUCAAGAGUAUGUCGAUUUGUUUUGGGUCCUUGCGGUUGGCGUGGAUGCUGAACGCGCCUGUGGUCGUUGUAGUGCCAGUCGAGCCAAAGGAGAGUUAG